AUGACUGAAGCGUAUACAAGAAUAACAGAGAUUUCUACCCCUUCUGACCAUCUUGAGGUCAAAGGGAUGGCAAUGAAUGUUUAUAAUGCCAUCAAAAAGGACCCAAAGCAAAUGAUUCCAUUCUGUAUGAUUUGCAAUGCAUUGGAGAUCAAGGAUCCAUUCCAAGUGUAUCAAGACAUCAAACGUGAAGGUCUCAAAAUAGACAAAGAGGAUGUCAACAUCAUCUUCUCAUCAGUCCUAGGAUGUAUUCCAAUUGUUGGACCUCUGCUCCAAGGUGUGUUUGCAUUGUUUUGGAAACGUGCAUCACCAUCAGAUACUGUGUCCAAGGAUGAGUUGAACAAGAAGAUGGAGGAGUUGAAGAGGAAUAUUAUCGGUGUCAUUGAUUCAAAGAUCCAGGAUAGUGAGAUCAGAACUUGGACUGAAAACUGUCAUACUGUUCUCUUGAAUCUGAGAAAUUCAUGUACAUCAUUGAAGGAAGACCUGUCCGCUCUGAUCUACAAGUUGGACAACAAGGAGACCAUCACCGGCGACUUCUUAACUGAUAUCCGCACCCAGAUCAAGCUGACCCUGGAUCACAGCAAGGAACUCCUCACCUUUUGUUCCAAUCCCAAGUAUAUGAGAUAUGUAUUAAGUUACUACAUUGAAGCAUUGUUCAUUACUAUCUCAAUAUAUGGUCUCAUCAAUGCAUUCUGGUACCAGUUGAACUAUGAUGAGAUAUAUAUCUCUGGAAGGAAGCCCAAUCGCAAGUCACCAAAGGGUGUCAAGUCCAACAAUGAGAAGUUGCAUGACGUCCUGAUGCACGGCCUGUCUUUGAUAGGACAUCACGCCCAUCCCAAUGAUGGAUAUGGGUCGUUCGUGGAGAAUGCUCAUAUGCUUCUCAAGAGUGAUGUAUUCAUGUAUCCUCUGCCACUGAUAAUGUAUGAACCAGGUGAGGAAGAGAGUCAGGAGGAGAUGAUGCCAAUGCCAGACAAAGUUCCAGACAAGGUGAUCAAGUUGCCCUCAAAGUCCACUGCUUACAUCAUGCGAAUGGAUGCACGGAAUACCUUCAAUUAUCGAACGUUUAAAAUCAAGGGUAUUCACUAUGAAGAUGACAGGUAUCCUUCGUAUGAGCCACUCACUGGAUGUCUUGGCAAGUCGUUCUUGAUUACUGGUACGCGAGCUUAUGUGAUCAAGUUGGACCAGCCAAGGAACAUCACCAUUAGGCUCUACGGUCGCUACUUCAAGGGUGACAAGCAUUUGAACUUUGAGGGUACCGAUGGUUCAGGCAAGGCUUUCAAACAGACCCUUGAUGUCACAAAGUACAAGUUUGGAUCAUUGCAACCUUACGUCGAAAGACAACCCGAUUUACCUGAUCUGUUCAAGGCUGGAUAUGCAGUAUCCAAGCAAUUCAAACAGGUCAAGGAGAUGACCUUCCGUUUUAGUUCAAGUACGGUCAUGCACUAUUUGUACUUCAUGGAGUUCAUGGUUACCCUCAAUCCAGACCAGUACCCUGAAGCC